AUGAUGUCAUACCUCAAGCAGACUCCGUACGGGAUGAACGGGCUCGGUCUGAGUGGUCCCGGAAUGGAGUUACUCCAUCACUCAGUGGGAUAUCCUGGUAAGGGGCCGAAUGUUCCGGCCCCACGGAAACAGCGGCGGGAACGGACCACCUUCACCCGCUCCCAGCUCGAUGUGUUGGAGGCUCUGUUUGCGAAAACUCGUUACCCUGACAUCUUCAUGAGGGAAGAAGUGGCGUUAAAAAUUAACCUUCCCGAAUCCCGAGUACAGGUUUGGUUUAAGAACCGCCGAGCUAAGUGCCGCCAGCAGCAGCAGAACGGGAGCAGCAAGGCGCGGCCUCCUAAGAAGAAAUGUUCCCCGGGCCGGGAGAGCAGCGGCUCGGACAGCAGCGGGCAGUUCACGCCCCCGGCCGCCUCCAGCUCCUCGGCCAGUGGCCCCGGCACCAACUCAAACCCGGCCUCUGUGCUCAGCACACCGGCGGCGGCAGCGUCCAUCUGGAGCCCGGCGUCCAUCUCCCCGGGAGCAGCGGCCGCCCCGGAGCCCCUCAGCGCCGCCGGUGCCUCGUGUAUGCAGCGCUGUCCGUCCGGCUCCAGCGGCGCCUACCCUCUGCCUUACGGCCAGAGCAGCGGCUACAGCCAGGCCUACCCCACCUCGUCUUCCUACUUCAGCGGCGUGGACUGCAGCUCGUACCUGUCACCCAUGCACUCUCACCACCCGCACCACCCUCACCACCAACUCUCUGCCCACGGCACCACUGGCCUCAGCCCCAUGAGCAGUUCCCCAAUGCCAGGGCACCACCUCAGUCAGAGCCCAGCUCACCAUCCUCACCAGGGCUACAGCGGGCCAGGACUGGCCUUCAACUCCGCUGACUGUCUGGAUUAUAAAGAGCAGGCCACGUCCUGGAAACUCAACUUCAACACCACUGACUGUUUGGAUUAUAAAGAGCAGGCUCCCUCCUGGAAGUUCCAAGUUUUGUGA